GAGGGUAUAAAGUGCCCCGCGACUGCGGUGCGCCCACCAGGUGUGGCAUUUUUUUUUCCCCCUGUGCGCCCAACUUCUCUCCAACCUUCAUCCCGUCACUAAGGGCGGGAACCAUGGCGAAGGAGUCGAACGCAGGGUGCGUGCAGUGGCUGGUGAUCAUCGGCAACGUGAUCAUUUUGCUGUGUGGCAUCACGCUGACCGCCGAGACGAUCUGGGUGGUGACCGAUGGCUAUAAGGUGUACCCCAUCCUCGGCAUGGCGCACAACGACGACGUCUUCGCCGGCGCGUGGAUCGCCAUCUUCACGGGCAUGGCGUUCUUCCUGCUGGGCUUCGUGGGGAUCGUCGCCGCGCUGCGCAUGACACGGAAGCUCCUGCUCGGGUACAUCGUAUGCAUGCUCAUCGUCUUCGCGUUCGAGUCGGCGUCCUGCAUCACCUCGUUCACGCAACGAGACUACCUAGUGGGCGACCAAAACUUCCUGCUGAAGCAGAUGCUGACGGAGUACCCGAGCGACACCUACCCAGCCUACACGGACACGUGGAACAUGUUUAUGCGAGAGCAAAAGUGUUGCGGCUCCAACGGUCCCACGGACUGGCUCAUGUACACCUCCAAGUUCUCCGAAGCUCACAACAACGACGACGUCAACUUCCCGUGGCCCAUGCACUGCUGCGUGCUGAGCAAGGACGGUCCGCCGCUGAACAUCACCUACUGCCGGCUCGGCAUGGACGGAUACGUGAACACCGCGGGCUGCUUCGAUUACUUCAGCGCGGCCGUGAAUCGCUACACGUGGGGCGUCGCCUGGUUCGGAUUCGCCAUCCUCUGCUUCACGUUCUUCGUUCUCAGUGGAGCCAUGUACCUGUACACGGUCGCAUAAGGACACCAGCUCAACCAUCACGGAGGGAACUUCCUGCACCACCGGCUAAACAACCCUCUUCCAACUGACAGCCUUCCCACGUGCCCGGCACACUCGUCGCGGCCUGACCCCACUCGCCUGACCCCACUCGCCUGACCCCACUCGCCUGACCCCACUCGCCUGACCCCACUCGCCUGACCCCACUCGCCUGACCCCACUCGCCUGACCCCACUCGCCUGACCCCACUCGCCUGACCCCACUCGCCUGACCCCACUCGCCUGACCCCACUCGCCUGACCCCACUCGCCUGACCCCACUCGCCUGACCCCACUCGCCUGACCCCACUCGCCUCUGUUGGUUGUGCGUCUCCGCUGCUGAUUUAAUGGCGAGCGGCAUAACAUCCACCCAGUGAACGUGCAACCGUUGGCUCAACGUUGGACCAACGUUCCAUGUUUACUCGGCGGUAUUUUGAGAACACUAUUGUACCGGUACGUCAACGGCGUCUUUAAUAAAGGAUGUGUACAGCUAAGGGAGGUAGUGUUAUCGCGGUUGUGCCGUUCUAGCUCUCCGAUGCGAUUUUCGGGUUGUUCGACACGAUGUCCGACAAUUCGGUCCCGUGAGCACGUGGGCUCGAAAUGUUGGACACCGUGCCCAAUGAUGCAUGGCGUGACCUGAACACGCAUUGGAGAGCUCUUUGUAUGUCCAGCUGUUGAGCCCAUUUCCAGAACGUCCCCAACACAUCGCAUUAUAACCCCCACAUAGACACGAACGCCUUUUGUAUACUCAUUACAACUAGUUGUCACACCAAAUGAUCUUAUUUAACUAUAAUCUAAGGGAGCUUCGUCAUCCCGAGUCUAAAGCUUCCACGAGUCACAAUCGGCUUCAGUAGGCGCAAGAAACCCAUCACGAGGGAGAAGGGGAGGACUUGCGGGGUGAGGAUGGGGCAAGGAAGCGAUCCCUCAUGCGGCUGAAUUUCCAAUUCCUUCCAUCGGCACUCCGGUGAUGUCGCCGCACUGUGAAGCACCGCGGUCCGGUUCGUGGUGCUGCAGUUGUUGCCGAUGUGUAGCCCAUCGUGAUGGCACGCCACCCGGAUGUCAAUUCGCAAGCCACUCGCGAAGGUUGAAACACCUUUGUAACGGUCGCGUUUUGGACAUCGGUUUGCAAGAAACGCGUGCCCAGUUAUCACCGUCAGGGCUCAGGUGAGCGGGGGGGGGGGGGGGGGGAGAUGGCGGUGUGGGUCUCUACCCAGCAACGGUUCCAGCCACAUGCCAACGUUGGAUGUCCCCAGCGUUGCACGUUUACCGCGCGCGCGCGACCAUCAACCGUUUUGGUUCGUUCUUGUGGUCACCGCAGCUCGUUUAAAUCGUGCCAAAGAACGGUCGUCCGUAAUUUUUCGUUUUCGCGAUCAUCGGGAAGAAGACCACCGAACCUCGUGGGGGGGGGGGGGGGGGGGGGGUGGCGGUAGGGGGUGGGGCUGGGUUCUACCUUGUUUUUAAACCCAAUUAUGAUUUUGUUUGAGGGAUUAAGUAAUUGACUCCGAUUUGCCAUCGUGAAAACGUGCUGCCCAAAUCUGAGCACUGCGACACCGCAGCUCCCGUGAUGGCUGUCUCUGUCUCUAGCGCGUGUGUACAUACGACGACGACGACGCGACCCAACGACUGUUACCUUGCCGCUAUACGCGCUCCGCGUGUACCCGGAGCCACGGCUGUCUGACCUGACCUGGCUUUUUUUUUUUUUUAAGCUUCGUUAAAGAGAGGGGGAGAUUAAAAAUAAAAAGGCUUCGAAGUCUCCUUUCGCGAUCGCCGCCCGCAGCGCCCUGGCGAUGUGGCGUCCGCUGCCACCGUUUGUGACGAUGUUUUGGUGCCACCUGAAAGUCGAUUUUCUUUUGGUCCUUUCUGCUCGCGAAGCUUCAGUCUCGCGUGCGUGGGGGUUGACGAUCCGGAUCACGCGGCGAGAGACGAGCCGGUUCGGGUUCUUUGGGUGGCGUUUUUUUUGUUGUUCCUCUCGAAGUGGUUUGCAACCGCAAUUACACCGUGUUUUGUGUAACGUAUAUUAUGGUGAUGAUAUUUGUAGAGGAGUCCCCUUUUUCUCGUCUGUGUGUAAUCUUCAUACCUACAAUUUAGUCUAUAAAGUAAGUACCGUUGUAAUCGUAAAAUAUUAAGGUGAAUUGAAGUAGACUGAUUUAUGAUUUGGGGGUGUGACGGAGGCGUAAUAAUGACAUUGCGGAUAAAUUCGGUUGUGUUUUCACCUCUUGGUGUCAUGGUGCGUGCUUUGUCGUCCGGCGAGAGGAAUAAUAUUUUAAACUUGACCGAACAAACCAUGGGCGGCGAAUCGGUCCACGUGGCGUCAAUCGAACCGGGAGCGUUGGACCGCCCGGUGGGGGGGUGCAGGUUGAGUGGUCGGUCACGGUUCGUCUCCCAGAGCUCAAGGCCCUGCAAGCGCUCACGGUUGUCGCGAGGUCUCCGUGGCGGCCGAUUGCUCGGUAUAACGUGCAGCGUGUUGGGCGCCGGCGUGUUGUUGGCCCACUGGGUCAACCGUCCCAGCCAACGUUGGCAACGUUGAAGUGGGUGGGUGGGUGGGUGGCCUCAUCGCCUUCGACACCUUCCCUGACACUGACGGGGAGUCGUUAAGGUUGUCGUGCAUCUUGACACCUCGCGUGUGCUCUUGUCGGUCCGGGAUUUUGGGUCGUGUGUUUUUUUUUUUAAAACAGUCGUGCGAUUUAUAUUUUGUAAGCAUUAUGUACACUGAUUAUAAUAAGUAUAUAUCUCAAUAAAUGUUCUGUAUUUUGAACUGC